GCCUCUCGGCUCAUUCCAUAGCAAACCGUGAGGCCGGCAAGUCGUUCUAUGAGUGUAUUUUUAUUGUCUUAAAAAUACCGAUAUGAAAUACAAUAACCUCGGCGAUACCGGCCUUAAGGUAUCCCAUGUCAGUUUGGGGGGGGCUGCCUUCAGUAAUAUAUACGGAACAUUCAAUGAGCAGAGGAGUUUGGAUCUAAUUAACGAGACUCUGAAGCGUGGUGUUAACUAUUUAGAAACCGGUCCGUGGUAUGGCCAGGGAAGUUCCGAGCGGACUAUCGGCAAGGCACUAAAGGGAGUUCCGCGAGAGACUUACUUCAUCGGCAGUAAGGUCGGACGGUAUGAGAAGACUGCUGAUAAAAUGUUCGACUUCUCCGCGGAGAAGACUGCGGCUGGAGUGGAUAAUACGCUUAAUCUCCUCGGGUUGGAGUACGUCGACUUAAUUCAGGUUCAUGAUGUAACAUUCGCACCGGACACAUCUGUGAUCCUGAAGGAAACGUUACCAGUUCUCGAGCAGGCAGUGAGAGAUGGCAAGGCUCGUUUCAUAGGCAUUGCUGACUAUGACAUCGAGUUAAUGGCAGAAAUCGUCGAGGAAUCAGAUGUGAAGAUUUCCACCAUACUAUCUUAUGCGAAGUCUACGCUCUUCGAUAACAGGCUACAGAACCACAUCAGCUACUUCAAGAGCAAAGGCGUGGGAGUUAUCAAUGCGGCGGCCACCGGUAUGGGGUUGUUGUCCAACAAGGGCCCACAACCCUGGCAUCCUGCAAGCGACGAUAUAAAGGCUAUAUGCAAACGUGCCUCCGAAUAUUGUAAGGAGCGGAAUGUUGAGCUGGCUCGGAUAGCAACGUGGUUCUCCUUGAACCAGCCUGGCAUAGACACCAAUGUCUGUGGUUUCUACAACGUUGACCAACUCGUCGACACCCUAGAAGUCGCGGACAACGGUCUUACUGACCACGAGAAAAAGGUUUUGGAAGAAGUACAAGUUAGAUUCUUCGAUAAAGUGACGUUGCAUUGGGACGACGUGGAACUACCCGCAUAUAAAGAAGAGUUGGACAAGUUGCAGAGGGGUCAUUAACUGAUGAAUUACUAGGCUGUAAGGAUUCGGGAGAUUCAGGGUCUUGAGGUCCAUUUCCCUCAAGCAAGCACAUCAAAGAAAUGAUGAAAAAAUACGAUAUUUGGAAAUAAUACUAUCCCUUUAAGUACCAAUCCAGGAUGCUAGUGACAUCAUAACGAAAAAUUGGGAGGGAUGAUUCAGACCAUGAUUCUGAGUUGGUAUCAAGUGGAAUUUUCCGUCGUGAAAAUCAUGAUUUAUGUUGUUUUUUUAAAUUAUUUUCAAUUCUAUGCUUUUGCCAUGGAAAUUCCCACUUCAUAUUAACUCAGAAUAAUGAGCUGAAUCAUACCCCUCAGUGUUCGUUACGAGGUCACUUACACGCCGUACAAGUACGUACUAAUACGGAGGGGGAUGAUUCAGACCAUGAUUCUGUGAUAUUUCCUGUCGGAAAGUUCAUGAAAAUGUUUGUUUUUUAAUUAUUUUCAGUUCCAUACUUUUGCGACUGAAAAUUCCACUUGAUAAAACUCAGAAUAAUGGUUUCAAUAAUCCCUCAAAUUUUUCGUUACGAUGUUACUAACACCCUGUAUCUAAUUAAAUUAUCGUGCUUAUAUUUUCUGUUGGUUACCUACUCGCCAUAAUUAUGUUCAAAAACACAUUACAUUACAUACCUGGCCAAUAAGACGUAUGUAGAUCAUAUUUUCAGUUUUUACUCGCGCAUAUACUCGACGGGGUGCCUCAUAGGCUCCGGAGGAGCGCGAAAACUGUGCAUGUCAUGGCCCCGGGAGUAUACAACAAACUGCCUGACCAUAUCAUACAAGCAAAGAAUUGUACUAUAUUUAAACAUAAACUUAAAAAAUGGCUUAUUGAGCAGGCAUUCUAUAGUUUUGACGACCUGUAAUUGAUAAUAUAUUUUAAUGUAAUUGAAUUCCGUAGUAAUAUUUAAUUGAAUUGAAUUUUGUAAUAUCUGUGACGUGUAAUUAUUAUUAUCAAUAAAUGACUAUGACUAUG